UUUCUCUCCACCGAUGCUGUAAGGUACAGCGCGAGACAGAACAGCCACGUUAACUGUGUUGUAAUUUCAGGUGUUUCUGUCGGGCGGUCGCUGAAUUGGUUGGACAGCAGGUGCACUUCGUGAUUUUUCUGUAUUUUAGUAGAAUGAGUGUGGGCUUCAUAGGAGCGGGCCAGGUGGCCUACGCUCUGGCGAGAGGCUUCACAGCUGCAGGCGUGAUUGCCGCCCACAGAAUCACAGCUAGUUCCCCAGACACUGAUCUCCCAACAGUACAGGGACUGCGGAAAUUGGGUGUGAAUUUCACCACCAGCAACAAAGAGGCAGUGAGCAGAUGUGAUGUGCUCUUCCUGGCUGUGAAGCCCCACAUCAUUCCUUUUGUACUGGAUGAGAUUGGAUCAGACAUUGAAGAUCGCCACCUGAUUGUGUCCUGUGCGGCAGGUGUCACCAUCAGCUCCAUAGAGAAGAAGCUGCAGCAGUACCGCGCUGCUCCAAAAGUGAUGCGCUGCAUGACCAACACUCCAGUGGUGGUGCGUGAGGGGGCCACUGUGUAUGCGACAGGAACCCAUGCAGAGGUGGAGGAUGGAAAGCUUCUGGAGCAGCUGAUGGCCAGUGUAGGAUACUGCAUUGAGGUGGAAGAGGACCAAAUCGAUGCUGUUACUGGCCUCAGCGGCAGUGGCCCGGCUUACGCUUUCACAGCGGUAGAUGCUCUUGCUGAUGGUGGAGUGAAAAUGGGCCUACCCAGGAGACUGGCUGUACGCCUUGGAGCGCAAGCCCUGCUGGGGGCAGCUCGCAUGCUGUUGGACUCAGAGCAGCACCCUGGCCAGCUCAAGGACAAUGUGUGUUCACCAGGGGGCGCCACCAUCCACGCCCUACAUGUUAUGGAGAGUGGUGGUUUCCGCAGCCUCCUUAUUAAUGCUGUGGAGGCCUCCUGUGUGAGGACUAGGGAACUUCAGUUUUUGGCUGACCAAGAGAAGAUCUCCCCAGCUGCCAUAAAGAAAACAACUCUGGACAAAGUGCUGCAGCAGCCGGGUGUGACUGCAGAAGCUGUUGGAGUCAGAUCCCAUGGGAUCAGUAUCUUCAAUACCAAUAACCCCAGGACCAAGAAGAACUGAUUUUUUUCUUUCUUUUGUCAGGCAGAGAAACUGCAUGCUUUAAUGCGACUUGUCACAUCACUGUUGAUGCAGUAUUUGUGGUCAAUAAACCACAACUGGCAGAUGAUUGUUGAAACAUAAGAUAACCUUGUGGAUUGCUUUCUUGAAGGAAAAAACAAUCUACCUGACAUUAUGUAAAAGUGUAUGAGCAAUAUUUUUGUAAUGAAAUGUCCCUCCUUUGUAAUGUUUAAUAUUGUUCCCUCCCCAUUUAAAGUUUGAUUCCUCUGCUAUCACAUCA